GGCUUCACCACCACAACACCCAAGCCCGUUUGGAGACGAGAGAGAAAAACAGAUUGAUUGUUUCCUCCAAAAGGGUUCUUGUCUUUCCAAGAAGAAACAACAAAAAAAAUAUCAAAUAGAGUUUCAUCAGAGGGGAAAUGGGGAGAGCUCCUUGCUGUGAUAAGGCAAAUGUGAAGAAGGGACCAUGGUCACCUGAAGAAGAUACCAAGCUCAAGGAGUUCAUUGACAAGUAUGGGACUGGUGGUAAUUGGAUUGCUCUUCCACACAAAGCUGGUCUGAAAAGAUGUGGGAAGAGUUGCAGAUUGAGAUGGCUUAACUAUCUAAGGCCCAACAUAAAGCAUGGAGAAUUCUCUUCUGAUGAAGAUAGGAUAAUCUGUAGCCUCUUUGCUAGCAUUGGAAGCAGGUGGUCAAUAAUAGCUUCUCAGUUGCCAGGCAGGACAGACAAUGAUAUAAAGAACUAUUGGAACACCAAACUCAAGAAGAAACUCAUGGGUUUUGUCCCUCCUACAACUACUUCCUCUCAUCAUCAGAGAAAACCUCUUCAGCAACAAUCCUUCCCAUUUCAUCAUAAUCUUAAAACUACUCUGUCAUCAUCACCAUCACUAUCAUCUUCAUCAUCAUAUAAAGGUAAUAGUACUACUUACUACUACAGUAGUAAUCCAACUGAAUCUUUCACAAGCCUUGCAGAACCCAUUUCAAUCCCAAUAACAAAUCUUCUGAGCAACACCAACAUUUCUCUUACCACAGCUCAUCCCACUACUGCUUCCUUUUUCCAAGCCCAGGAGAGCUUAGUAAGUCCCAUGUACCACUUCCAAGUUAAAGAUAAUCUCCUCAUGUUUGGAGGCACUGAACCAAGUUGCAGCUCUUCUGAUGGGAGUUGCAGCAACCAGAUCAGCUAUGGGAAAGAGAUUGAAUUUGAAUAUGGCGGUGGUGGUGGAGGAGGAGGAGGUGGUUGUGUUAAUGGUGUACAGCAGCAACAGCAGCAGCAGCAGCAGUACUUGGGUCUGGGGAGUUAUCUAUAUAAUGAGGUUGAAGAGAACAAGAAAUUCUUGUUGAAUGAUGGCAACAAUGGAGAUCAUGGGAUUGAUGGAUGGACUGAGAAGCCAAAUGGGUUGUGGGGAGAAGUUCCAUCAGAGUAUGGAUUAGAGGAGAUCAAGCAAUUCAUUAGCACUAAUACCAGCUUCUAUGUUGAUGAAAACAAGGCACAAGGGAGGGCCACCAUCUACUAUUGAAAGUUGAAACUGACACUGACUUGAAAUGUAAAAUC